AUGCAAAGCUCUUCACGGCUGAGCAGGGACUCCGGGACCGGAAGCGGAAGUAAACCGCGUGCGGAAGGGGCGGGCAAGAAGCGGAGGGUGCCGGCCUUAAGCUUCUUGCUGUGUUGCUCUGCUGCUCCGAGCUGCGGGCGUAGGAACGAAAGAACCUCGGACGGGGCGGGGAUUGGAGAAACCGGCUGUGGGUGCGAUGGGAGGGGCGGUAAGAAGGAGCGGCCGCAACUGCGACCACUGUCCUGUAGUGUGCAGCUGACCUCAUCCUUGCCGGAAGCCGCGCCUCUUGGGAAGACUUUGGGAGCGUUCCGCCGGAAUUCUGAGUUCCCCCGGUGGUCAGUCCUGCCGAGUAGGAGUAGCUACGUCAACUUUCCUGCGCUCACCGAAGUUGCAGGUCCCUCGGAGAACGGUGACGCCCUGAGCUCUCUUAAACUCGUCUCUUGUGAUCGUUUCAGUGUGCACUUGUUAGCCGAAUUUGCACAGACGGCAUUAAACAGGUACAAGUUGGAAAUGUUUAAAGUUACCAGUCACAUUAGACCUUCAGUCUUUUCCCCAGAAUUUUAUUUAAAUUACGGAAGAACCCUUGGGAGAAGCUCCCUCAGUUUUCAUCAUUGGAAGAAGCGUGCUGAUCAGUGAUUCCAGUGCCAGUGGGACUUUAAAAAAUAAAGAUCAAAAGUCCUCCAGACUGACAUUUUCAUUCCCUGGCCUCACCAGGCUACAAACUCUGCUGCACUGGAUUAAAGGAAAAAAAGUAGGAAGGAAGGGAGUGAGGAAAAGAGGGAAGAAAGAAAGGAGCUCUAACCAUAUGGUAAAGACCAUAGUGGUAUAUCCCAUAACAUACAGGAAAAUAGAUGUCUAUGAAGAGCCUAGGCUGGAGUCAGAAGACUCAUCUCCCAGACAGCUGUGUCAGGAACCAGCCAUAUAUCCUUGAAAAAUUCACAUCAGCUGUAAAAUAAGAUGGUUAGACCAAAUUAUUUGUAAGUUGCUAUCUUAACCACUGUGGUUCCAUUUUCUCAUCUGUAAUAAAAAGUGGUAAAAAUUCCAUCUCCUUUGUAGGGUUGUUUAUGAGGACUAAUUGUAAAAGUGCUUAGAACGGUGUCCAACCAAACU